UGGGCAAGAAGCAAAAGAUGAUCGACCGCCGCACGACGGAGGGGAAGCGGCUGGCCGCGGAGCAGGCGGCGCAUGCGACGCCUGCGGAGGCGGCGCGGGCGGCGGCCCUGGCUCGCUUUGGGCAGGCGCCGCUCUCCGCCGCUGAGAGCCGGACGAAGGCGCUGCGGCGACAGGCGGUUGGCUCGAGCGGCGCGACGGCGAUCGCGCUCGACAGCGAGAGCGAGGAGGAGGGCCCGGGCGACGGAGGCCUGUUUGCGCCCAUGCCGGCGUUGGGGGGCGGCCAGGAGGACAGCGACACCGACGACGAGGUGGAGGACGACCCCGUGGAGCUGCACGACGGGCCUCCCGGCAUGUGCAGCUGCCCCCGCUGCCGCGCGUCGCCGCCAGCCUCGCCGCAAAUGUUGGACUAACGGGGAGCUCGUGUUGAGUCAUGAUUGCGGCGUUAGCGCUGCGGGCGCACAGGCCCCGCGUCGGUCGGCUGCGAUCACGCGCCACGUGCGCAAGUACGUUCAUUUGGUGCGCGUUUUUUGCGUGGUUUUGUCGCAUUUCGGGCCCUGGGUUGUGCAUUGUGUGAUUGGGUGUCGCUCUGCGUCAGUAGUGGUCGCGAGCGCACACACGGUAAGUGAAGUCUCUCGAGUGCUUUUGGGGCUCGUCUAUCUUUGGCAACAUAUACAUUGUCCUGGGGCGU